AUGAGCAAAUCAGCCCUCUUGAUUCUUGCUACCAAUAGCUAUUUUUUCACUGGUCUAAUCCUUUUCCUCCUUGUUUACGUCAUCUUCCCAAGCUUGAAGUUGGGCCCAGUGUCGUGUCGUGAUGGUCAAUAUGGAAACCUACCUUCAGCGAAAGCAACACAAGAGCGUAUAUGGCAAUCUCAAACAUGUCCGGUGUCCUUUAUUCCUCUCCUUGAAGGAACACAGAGACCUAUUCCACAGAUCCAACACCAAUUCGAUAUUGAAAAUUCGUCCCAUAGACUUGAGAGAGUUAAAAGGCAACAGGCCGUGAGGGAAUCGUUCCAACAUAGCUGGAAUGGAUAUAAAACUUACGCCUGGUUGUGCGACGAAGUAUUGCCAAUUAGCGGCGGCCAAGGAAACUCCCUUGGGGGCUGGGGAGCAAGUCUGGUUGACUCUUUGGACACAUUGCUCAUCAUGAAUUUGGAUCAUGAGUUUGAAGAAGCACUUGAAGCUCUGGCCAAAAUUGACUUUUCCACUCCAAGAGUGCCCUUUGUUAACGUUUUUGAAACAACAAUCCGAUAUCUCGGAGGUUUAAUCAGCGCAUACGACCUGACCGGAGGAAAGCAUUCUAUCCUCUUGAUGAAGGCCCACGAACUGGGAAAUUUUUUGUACGGAGCUUUCGAUACACAAAAUAGGAUGCCGCAAACGCAUUGGUCGUGCAUAAGGGACUUGUUGGAAACCUCGCCACAGCCCAGUGGAAGUACCCUCCUUGCCGAAAUAGGUUCUCUCAGCUUGGAGUUCACUCGUCUUUCACAAAUAACUGGUGAUUCCAAGUACUUUGAUGCAGUCCAGAAAAUUGCAGACAACCUACAAAGUAUACAAAACCGGACUAGGUUGCCGGGUCUAUGGCCUGUUUCUUUGGACACGCAUACACUAAGGCCCACAAGCAGCUACUUUACAGUCGGUGGCAUGGCUGACUCUGCAUAUGAAUACCUUGUCAAGGAGUAUCUACUCCUUGGAGCCCAAUCAAACCAAUAUCGUGACAUGUAUAUUGCUGCAAUCGAAGGAAUCAAGAAAAAUCUGCUCUUCCAAGGCAUGGAUAAAGCCGGAGAAGACAUACUAUUUGCUGGAAAUAUUCGAUUCAAUGUGGAAUCUGACAAAGAGCUUUUCGAGUAUCAAACGGAGCAUCUCAAGUGUUUUCUUGGGGGUAUGGUCGGUCUUGGUGCCAGAGCAUUUGGCCGCAAAGAUGACCUACCUAUUGCACGGAAACUGGUGAAUGGGUGUAUCUGGGCAUAUGAUCUCAUGCCUGUUGGCAUCAUGCCGGAAACUAUGUAUAUCAGUGGCUGCAGGAGGUCUCGUUGCGAAUGGGAGGAAGAGAAAUGGCUUCGCGAUAUUUUCGGAUGGCCGGAGGGAAAGGAAAUGCCUACAAGGGUACGUGAGGCUGCACAGCUGAUCAUUCAAGAUCGUCAGCUGCAAUUACCAAUACUGGAAGUCGCCGAUCCAAAGUACCGUUUGAGGCCUGAGGCAAUUGAGUCUAUUUUCAUCUUGUACAGAAUCACUGGCGAUACCUCGCUGCAAGACGCUGCAUGGCGAAUGUUCCAGAAUAUCGAGCGCUAUACCAAGACCAAGUAUGGUCACGCUGCGCUUGAAGAUACCCGAGACACACAGACUGCGAAAUUGGAUAUCAUGGAAAGCUUCUGGCUUGCAGAGACUUUGAAGUACUUCUAUCUUAUUUUUUCAGAUCCGAGCGUCAUCAGCCUGGACGAAUAUGUUCUUAAUACUGAAGGACAUCCAUUCAAGUAUACUCAUAUCUUUCCUACACUUUAA